GAAGAAGAUAAACACAUUCUUUUGAUUUGUUGUUUCCUUCUUUCGUAGCCGUGAUGACGGGGGAAGACGACGAGGCACGUAGGGCUUCUCCGAUCGAAUCAGCUAUAACGAACGAUGAUGCUUCUCGGCCGAUUCAAAGUAGAAAGAGAAAUUGGGAUCAGCUUGUUGCGUGUAGGAUUCGGGAUGAGUUGAUCAUAGCGAGAGAAAUCGUUAUCAACGAUGCUGAGGCUUCUCUUAGGCACAAGCUUACUCUACGCUCUACUCAAGAAGAAAUUCAGAGGUGUACUGGUGCUGUGGUGAUUACUAGGGGAAAGUAUCGUUUUCUGAAUGCACCUCUUGAUGGUGAAAAGCCGUUGUAUCUUCACAUAUCUGCUGCUUCUCAUUUAAAAGAGACCACAGAACGUAUUUUAGCCGUUGAUCGUGCAGCGGCUAUGAUUGAGGAGAUGAUGAGACAGAAACCAAGUUCACAGCUCGGGGUUGUUGGUUUUCACACGGUCAAGGAUUUAAUGAGCAACAAUGUGAACAUACAUUUUAAAUGCCAAGGUCGCAUGUAUAGUUUAAUGAUAGUGGAAGAGAUAACUCUGCCAGUGCUAGAAGCAAGGAUAUGCAGAAAGGUUGCGUUGGAUGAAAGUACGGUGAAAUUGAGAUUGAGUUACAUUCCACUGCUGGUGGGUUGUGAGGAGCAGUUUACUAUUUCUGACGACGAGGAUCUUUGUGUUUAUCUAACAUCCGCUGAUAGAGAGAAUCGUAGAUGUGUUUUGUAUGUGGAUGUCAUCACUAUCACAGAACACCCCGAGCAGCUUUCGAGAGCCGGCGAAGGAAGUUCUUUAGGUAUAAACUAUGAAGAGCUGAAUUCAAAGGACGAUGAGAUCGGAGCUCUGUACGUGAAACAAAUCGAGGCGAUUGAGAUGAUGGAGGAAGAUGAGGACGAAUAUGUGGCAGUUCGACCUGUUUCAGAAGCGAGUCAGUGUGUAGAGGCAUGGGAAGACGGUUUGAAUAUCACAAUACAACAAGAGUUUCCUGAUAAAAAGGCAGUGCAAGAAGUGGUGUAUAUGGGUGCAUGUUCAAAUGGUUUUGGGUUUGAUGUGAAAAAGUCUGAUAAACAGCGAUUAGUGCUAAAAUGUCCUAAAGAAGGAUGUAAAUGGGGUUUACGAGCUUCAAAGAUUGAAAAGACUGAAAUGUUCUCGAUUAGAAGUUACACCAAGAUGCAUACGUGCUCUCGUGAUGGUCAGGGUAAAAGCAAGAGGGGGAAAGUCACGCCACAGUUAGUUGCAUCUCUAUUGCAUGAGGCUUAUCCAGGAGAGGUGCAAACUCUGACUCCUAAAAGUAUCAUUGAUUUUGUUUGGACAAAAUUAAGCGUGAAAAUAUCAUACGCCACUGCAUGGAGAGGUAAAAGUUUGUAUUCAGGCUCUUUUGAAGAUGAGGUGACUAUGUUAAAGAACGAGUAGAGCUGCAGUAUUUUCUCUUGGUGUUCGUUUGAAAAUCUUCUCUUCUCUUGUAGGUGUUUAACUGUGUUAAACAUAUCUAUGUUAUGUUUGUUAUAUUUGUUAAACUCUUAUGAUAAUAUAUAUCUAUGUUAAGGUUUACCGAGUUUUACCUGGUAA